AGGAGGGGGGGUUACCGGUUGCCACUAUCCCCGUUUCCACGGUUUUGGCGCAAUUUCCCAUGUGUGUGUGUGUGCGGCUGGCGGAAGGACACACCCCGCCCAGGCUGCUCGGAGGGAACAUACAAACCCAGCGACCCUCCGCGCGGCCACACCCACUCUGUCUGCCCACGGCGGAGCACGCGCGCCGCGAUAUAAACACCAUGCUGCCCGGCUGCAACUUUAACUUCACACGCAGAAAACACCGCUCGGGCUGAUCCGCUGCUCGCGACCCCUCCGUGGACUUUAACUCGGAUAUUAUUAUUAUUAUUAUUAGUUUGUUUUUCUUCUUCUUUCGGCCAUCUUUAUUCCUCCGCUCUCGUUUUGAAGAUUCUGCAAGCCAACAUGUUGCAAAGCUUCUCCCAGUCGCAGGACUGGCUCUACACGGAGCCGCUGCUGUUCGACGACGAGUUCUGCCAGAGCCUGAUGAAGGACCUCCAGUCGCUGCCGACGCCCCCCCAGUCCCCGCCGAUGAAGACCGGGCUGGCCGGUGGCAAGCCCCUCUCCAAGGAGGACCAGCUGAGCUACGUCUCCGACAUCCUGCUGGAGGACCACGACAUGCAGCUCAACUGGAACUGCGACUUCUUCCACUCGGCCGCCGCAGCCGCCAGCGCCGGCGGCGAGAAGGAGGGCGAGCCCGGCCUGCGCUGCUCGCCGCUGGAGAGCGACGAGGACUGCCUGUGGCAGUGCCUGGCGGGGGACAAGAACCUGGAGGAGAAGCUGGUGUCCACCAUGCUGGGCUCCAGCCCGCUGCUCUCCGACAUCAACACCAGCAUCUUCGAGGAGAUCGCCGGCUCCACGCUCGACUGCCAGAACCUGAUGGAAGCCCAGGAGGCCAGCGAGGCCACGUCGGACUACGGGUCCACCGGCGGCGAGCUGUCCACCUACUCAUCCAGCGACUCCGAGGAGGAGAUCGACGUGGUCACCGUGGUGCGCUGUUCCUCCAGCCCCUCCCCCCGGCCCUCCCUGUCCGACCUGUCCGCCCGCCAGCUGAAGCGGGAGGAGGAGCAGCGCGCUAACCAGCGCCACUACUUCGAGAUCCACCUGCAGCACAACUACGCGGCGCCGUGUCCCGCCUCGCCGCCGCCCUCCUCGUCCAGCAAGCGCUCGCGAGGGAGCGAAAACUCGUCGCGCUUCCACCACUCCUCUCGCAGCUCGUCUUCGUCGUCCUCGUCGCGGUACCACCGCAGCAGCAGCAGCAGCAGUAGUAGCGGCGGCGGCGGCGUCAACCAUCACCACGGCUCGUCCCGCGUCUCCGCGGAGACGGAAGACGAGGAGGAGCGGCGGCGGACGCACAACGUCAUGGAGCGGCAGCGGCGCAACGAGCUGAAGAACUGCUUCGUGCACCUGCGCGACAACGUGCCGGAGCUGUCGCACAACGACAAGGCGUCCAAGGUGGUGAUCCUGAAGAAGGCGCGGGACUGCAUCUACGACCUGGAGGACGAGGGCCACCGGCUGCAGGCCAAGCGGGACCGGCUGCACGCCAGGCAGGAAGAGCUCAACGCCAGACUGGACCAGCUGCGCAGCUAGUGGCGGACUGGGGGAGGAGACUUUGUACAAAGGACAAGAACGCACAACGUUUUCUGACAUUUCAAGUACUUUCUGGCAACAGAUCUGGACUGUGUAGACGCUGCCAUGGAAGUAAACAACAACAACAACACACUCGUUGCCUCAGAGUUCGUCAUUCUCAUGCCUUGACUGCUGACUGUUGUAGAGAGUAGGAUGUUUGUUUUUAACACGUUGAAACGAGGAUGGAGCUAGUAGAUUAUUAUAUAUAUUUUUUUGUUUUUUUAUAUAUAUUUUUGUUUUUGGCUGAACGCACACUGAAAGACUCUUUUUUUUUUUUUAAAUUUCAUUUUUUGUUUUUUUUGUUUUUUUGGGGAUGCCAAAUGGCAGCGGCCAAAUAACUGGAAAGCCACGUCAGCUUCAGUAGUUUGAAAUGAAAACUUGAAUGUUGUUUUUUUCAGGACGUCUCUAUAGCCAUACUAACCAGUGAUCCCUCCGCUCUGAUGGUGGCUUCAAAGGUUAUUUGGUCAAACUGCACUUUUAUGCUUUUUAAAAAUGUUUGUAUUAUUCCAGUUUUAAAUUCCAGAUGCUAUUUCAAUGUCCUUCGAUCAGGAAGGUUCUUCAGUGUGUUUUCAGCCCCGUUUGGCCUCAGGCGGACCCCCGUGGGCCCGACACCACUCUGUUAUCAGGUUCAUGCGAGUCCAGUACUGUACGGACCCGGUUUUUGAUUUCUGGACACAACUCCCGGCCUCGACCCCCCCCCCCCCCCCCCCCCCCGGUCCACCUCCAGCUCCGUCACUUCAGUUUGUGUGUGUGUGUGUGUGUGUGUUCUGAUAAUUGUCUGGAACUGUUGGAUCUCAAACGGUAGCCAUAUUAAAGGAGAAUUCAGGUUUUUUUGCGCAGACUGGAGUCUGGACAAGUGGACCGAGAACUGUGAGCCGGAGCCGUCGUAGCAAAAUCAGCCAAAAGUCGUGACGGGGAAAACAAAAAAAAACUUUGUAACGUUUUCAUUCUUGCCAGAAAAAGAGGGACAGACUGUUUGUCCUGACCUUUUAUUUUGAAAGGUCGUCGUUGGAGGCAGCAGCAGCAAUACUGCAAUAUUUAGUAUAAAAAAAAAUGUUUUCAAGCGCAAAUUAAGUAAAAACGUAACUUUUAAAAAAAAUAAUUUUUUUUUACCUUUUUGACCUUCGCCGUGAUUCGUGAGUCGCCGCCUACUUUUUGAUCAAAGAGUUGUCGUGGAAUUGUUUUAUAUUAAAAAAAAGAAACAGAUUUACGCCACCGCCUUCUCAUUGUGAUUCGAUUAAAGAUUGAUUAUGCUUCCUGA